AAUGUAAUGAGUGUAUCUAUGUAUGUAUCUCUGUGCUACUACUCUCUUUAACCUUUAAUGACCCCUCUCUCUAAAAUUUAAUGAUCACCAUCUACUUAGUUUCUCUCACUAAAAUUAUACCAAAUCUAAGAAACUAUUUGGACUGAGUUAAACCAAUUCUUGAGUGAGUUGAAAAUUGUUGGUAAAGUUGUAGACUUUGGUGCAAAUUGUUGAAUAAAAUUAAAGAUAGAUGCUCUUUGUCUACUGUUUUGGUGGCUUCUUCAACUAAUUCCAAGAUGCUGUUUUCUGUUGCAGGUUUUCAAACUUCAACGGUAAUAUAUAUAAAUAUUUAUUACAUUUAUAUGUACUACAGUAUGCAAAUUGUUCAGACAUGUGAAGUUUGGUACUUGAAACUUUAGUUUGAGUCAAGAUAUAUGUUAUUGAUGUGUUGAGUGAGUGAGUGAGGUGGAGUCAGAUUUAUGCUUAUGUGGUGUCUACAGUUUGUGAAUUGUUUAAUGGUGAGUGCCUGUUGGCAAUGUCUCCUCGGCUGAUUCAAUUUGCCCGUACUCCGUGGGCUUUGCCGCCGAUUUAGGCAGCAUACAUUUCCUUUGGUUUUCUUGAUAUAUAAGAGAUCCUUUUCUUUUAAAAAACAUAUAGUCUUAGUCUCUCUCUUAGUCAUACUUCCUGCCUCGGUUGCUGUCAAGAUUCGGUCAUGCCUUUCGUUGCACAUAUCUUUCAGCUCCUAUUUUAGAUCUUUACUACAUCUCAUUGAAGCUUGGAGAGUGUUGUGGCAGUUACGGACUUCGGUCCCCACAUCUAGUGUAUUCCCAUUUUGGAAAAUUUCUCCUCGAGAAGUGGUUAUGUGUUGUUCCUUUUGAGAAUGUGUGAUCAUUAGCAUAAGAAAUAAAGUUAUUUAAGUGAGAAACGAUCAACUAAGUAGCAGAGAAGGAUUUUGGAUCUUUUACUUUGUCAAUAUGAAGUUCAUGAAACUCGGAUCAAAGCCGGAUUCAUUUCAGACAGAUGUGAACGAUAUCAGGUCUGUGGCUAAUGAAUUGCCAACUGAUUUUAUCAUUAUUGUUGGGGAUGUAAAAUUUUAUCUGCAUAAGUUUCCUCUUCUUUCAAAAAGUGCUCGAUUACAGAAGUCAGCUACGAAUGCCAAUGGAGAUAACAGCGAUGAAGUUGACCUUUCAGAUAUUCCUGGUGGACCUUCUGCCUUUGAGAUAUGUGCCAAAUUUUGCUACGGAAUGAUUGUGACCCUCAAUGCAUUUAAUGUUGUUGCUGCUCGAUGUGCCUCAGAAUAUCUCGGAAUGCAUGAAAACAUUGAAAAAGGGAACCUCAUUUACAAAAUAGACGUUUUCCUUAGCUCGAGCAUUUUUCGUUGCUGGAAGGAUUCAGUUACUGCUCUGCAGACAACAAAAUCACUAUUGCCAUUGUGUGAUGAACUGAAGUUAACAAGUAACUGUGUUGAUGCUGUAGCUACCAAAGCCUGUGUUGAUAUUUCAAAAGUCGACUGGUCAUAUAGCUAUAACCGAAAGAAACUGCCGGAGGAAAAUGGUAAUGAUCAAAAUGUGAACGGCAUAAGAAACCGGUCAGUCCCGAUGGACUGGUGGGUUGAAGAUUUAUGUGAUCUUGAUAUCGAACUAUAUAAGCGUGUUAUUAUGGCAAUUAAAUACAAGGCUAUACUUUCGAGUGAUGUAAUCGGAGAAUCCUUGAAAGCUUAUGCUUAUAAGAGAUUACAAGGUUUGAGCAAAGGUAUGGUUCAGUGUGGAGAAGCAGUAAAAUAUAAACCAACAGUUGAUGCCAUUUUGUGGCUUUUGCCAGCUGAGAGAGGAAGUGUUUCUUGCAAUUUCUUGCUGAAACUAUUAAAAGCGGCCAUAUAUGUAGACCUCGGGGACAUGGCUAAGGAACAGCUAAUACGAAGAAUAGGGCAACAGCUCGAGGAGGCUAAAGUCAAUGAUCUUUUGAUAAGAACAUCAGAAGCGGAAAGUAUGAUGUAUGAUAUUGAUAUGGUAAAGAAAAUUGUGGAAGAGUUUUUGAUGCAAGAUCGGAAUGCUGAGGUUGUUUCAUCGGAAGAAACUGAGGAGAUAAGGGAGAUAAGAAGACCCGGGAUUUUAUCAGAUGCUUCCAAGCUCAUGGUAGCAAAACUCAUAGAUGGAUACCUUGCUGAAAUUGCCAAGGAUCCCAAUUUACCCGUCUCGAACUUUGUUGAGCUUGCUGAGAUGGUUUCUGGCAUCUCUAGGCCUGCUCAUGAUGCACUAUACCGCGCAAUCGACAUGUUUCUCAAGGAACAUCCAGGAAUCAGCAAAAGUGAGAGAAAGAGAAUAUGCAAGUUAAUGGACUGCAAGAAGCUAUCCGUCGACGCAUGCAUGCACGCAGUGCAAAACGAGAGACUACCUCUACGAGUAGUCGUUCAAGUACUAUUUUUUGAGCAAGUAAGAAUCGCUGCAACAUCUGGAAGUAGCACGCCAGACCUUCCUAAAAGUCUACGAGAUCUAAACAACGGGAGUUCAAGAUCCGCCGCGACAAAUCCUGAGGAAGACUGGGAUGCACUAGCCACAGCUGAAGAACUCAAAGCCCUGAAGACAGAAAUAGCCUCAUUGAGACUGAGUAAUGGAGAAAGAGAAAGAAAUUCGGGUUAUGUUAAAAAUGGGAUCGAUAAAUCCGCAAGUAAAAAAGUGAAAGGUUUGAUUAAAUCAAAGAUGAUUUUUGCUAAGCUGUGGUUAAACAAAGGAGAAAAAAAUGAGCUUAGUGGUUCAGAUUCAUCUGAUAGUGUUGGUUCUGCUAAUCCUGAAGAAGCCAAGUCUACACCUUCAAGAAAUAGAAGGCAUUCAGUUUCUUAGUAGAAAUUUAUAACUUGUUUUGAUCUUUUUUUUGUUUUUUAAAUCUGAGUUAAUGAUGAUAACAACUUAGAAUACUAAUGUUUUAUCUUACUGAGCAGAAUGAUGAAUAUCAAUAUGAAAAUUCUGUCACAUUAGAAUAGUAGCAAUUAGUGUUUUAAGAACUGAACUGGUUCGACCGGCGUGACCACGGAUUUAUUGUUCAAUCGAAAGACGGUUUUUGUGAUUAAAUCAGUUUGAUGAUUCUAUAAAUACAUGCGACUUUUCUCA